AUGAAGCCAGGUUCUUCUGAAACAAGUGAUGCAAACCUCAAUAAGCCUUCUACUUUAAAACCUUCAGAUCCAAGAGGUCAAAAUUCUCAUCCUGAGCUUCCUACAGUUGCAGCUGACACUCAACCCAGCAACUUGAAGCAUUCUCUUUUACAUAGUUUGGCAAAUGCUGGGAAAGAAAGUCUAGUUGCUUCACUAGAAUCCUGUGGAAAAUCCUUCGGUACUAGUAAGGAGCAUGUUACAAAACUGAAAGAGGCUCUUGUGGAAGAAAAGGCUUCGCUUAACCGCAAGGGUUCAACAGGUAAUUCCAAGAGAGACAUGCUUCGACAGAAAACAUUUCAUUUUGAAAAAAGUUAUAAGGGACGUAUGUCGAAAGGUGCUUUUAAAGCAAAGCUAACUUCAUGGGGUAGUAUGGUAUUGGACAAAUCACUAAAGUCCCCUUCUGGUUCCUCAGGAGUUGUAAUGAAGAGUACUUAUUCUAAAAUAACUACUUCAAUUGGACCUAAUGCUUCCCUUCCCGAAGGAGCAUUUAGUGUUUCUAGUAACUCUAGUCAAGGGGCUAAUAUAUUGUCUGUGAAGGAAACUGUUUUUGCAUUACCUGCAGUAAACAGUAAAAAAGCUCCGCCUUCAGCCCCUGAAGACAAAUCUAGUCCAAAGGCUGAAAACAACAGUAGCUCAACUGAAGUCCCUGAUUAUUAUGCUGGAAUCCCAUAUGACGAUUCUCUUGGGAAGUAUGUCCCCCGAGAUGAUAAAGAGGAAACUAUAUUGAUACUAGUGUCCCAUAUGAAAGCACUGCAGAAAGAUAUUGAAGUCUGGAAGGAUUGGGCAAAUGAGAAGAUUAUGCAGGCUACUCGAAGGCUUAGUAAGGACCAGGUGGAACUGAAAAUGUUGAGGCAAGAAAAAGAAGAGGCUGAUAAAUUUAAAAAGGAGAUGCCGGCCUUGGAGGAAGGUUCCAUGAAGCGACUUUCUGAGAUGGAACAUGCGAUAUCUAAUGCUGCUGCGCAGAUUGAGGCAGCUAAUGCGAGUAUUCACAGGCUUGAAGAGGAGAAUAAUGUGUUGAAAUCCGAAGCAGAGGAUGCAAGAUUGCAGACAUUAAGGGCCAGUGCAAACUUGACUGAAGCUGUACUCAAGGAGCAAGAAGCUCUGAAGAGGUGCCAGUUGGGAGACACAGAGAAGGUUUCUUUGCAGGAAGAAUUAGCUACUUUAAAGCACCGUUUGGCAGAAUUGCAACAACUACUUGAAAAGGCAGAAUUACGCAAGAACCAGAUAGAGGCCCUAUGGAAGCAGGAAGACAAGGAAAGAUUAAAAUAUCAGGGGCAAGCCGAGCUUUUGAGGAAGGAAACAGAACAAGUGAAAGCUCAGACCAAAGCAGAUGAAGACACCAUGAGAGAGACAGAUGAAAGAAACUCAAGGCAAUGUAUGGAAGAGAUUAAGAAGCUUGAGAGGGAAAUCUCUGAACUGAGAUUAGAGUCCGAGUCUUCACGCAUUGCAGAGCUUUUAGGCAGUGUUGACAUUAGCAACUACGGAAGUGGUGGCUUAGUUGGCAAUAAAAUGGCCCAGGGUUUUCAGGUGCCCCUUAAAGUUAACAAAAGAUUGGCAGUCUUCCAGGACAAUUUUGGGGCAGGGGGAAGUAUAAGCCCAGACAGAGAAUGUGUUAUGUGUUUGACAGCGGAGAUGUCUGUGGUUUUUGUCCCGUGUGCGCAUCAGGUCCUUUGUGUAGAAUGUAAUGCCCUCCAUGAAAAGCAAGGAAUGCAUGAUUGCCCCUCAUGCCGGACGCCUAUCCAGAAGCGGAUUGCAGUGAGAUACAUCAACAACCCUGAGCAUCAUCAUCUUUGA